UCUCCCCACUGUUUCGUUUUCACAGAGCGAUCGUCCGCUUCCAACCAACUUGGUUAGGCUGGUUGGGGGGCAGCCAUGGGAUGCACUGCUUCGGUCUUCGGGAUUCCUUUGGGGCGUCGAUUUCCAUUUGGGCUGGUGCCUUAGGAAUCACGCCGUUUGUUUAGUCUUCAUCUCAUCUCAUCUGUCGUUGGUUCAGCCAUCUUUUCCGAAGUUCGUCUGAGAGAUUUUCGAUCUGCAAGUUCUUCCAUCGUUUCUCUUCAGGUGGGGUUUUGCUGUUUUAGAUAGAGCUGUUUGGUGGUUGUUCUUGGUUCUGUUAAGCAAGAGUAUGAAUCACAGUUAGGCAGUCAUCCAAUUGCUUCUCAGAAGGGGACAGAAGAUCGGGAUGGCAAGAAAAUCAAGUGCAGCAAGAAGAAAACCCUCAUUUUUCAAGGCUCUUGUAGGCAACUUCUCUAACCAGCUGCAAAUCCCGCCGGCAUUUCUCGUGCAUUUUGAAGGUGGAAAAGUACCUCAGAAAUCCCACCUUUGGACCUCGGCUGGAACUUGGCCCGUUAAUGUGAAGAAGGCUGAUAACAAGUUCUUUUUCGAAAAGGGUUGGAAGAAAUUUGUGCAUGACAAUGAUUUAAAGCUUUGUGAGUUUCUAGUCUUUGGAUGUGCUGGAGAUUUGGGAUUCUAUGUUGACAUUUAUGGAAGAAAUGGCUGCAAAAGAGAGUUUGUAACGGCCAAAAGGGACAGACCUCAUGAAGAGGGACAUGGUAUUGUAAUUUACAGAAGGAGCCCAAGACAUCAUGGAAAACAGAAUUUGCCUUCAGUUGAUCCCAUCAAAUAUGAAGCAACUGAUACUGAAUCUGAAACACCAAUGCAUCCAUUGGCUAUAAGUACUGGAAAAACUAUUCCUCUUCAGAGAAACAAUAGCUUCAACUCUGGAAAACCAUUUUUCAAGGUUACAAUACAGAACUCGUACAUCUGUAAAGGUUAUAUGUAUUUGCCACGUAAUUUUGUGAAGACGCAUCUCACCGAGCAGCGAGCUACCGUUACUCUUCGGGUUUCGGAUGGGAAAACUUGGCCUGUCAAGUUGGUAUUUGAAGGUGUGAGAGGCAAACUCGGUGCUGGUUUCAUGGCAUUUUGCCGAGAUAAUAAUUUAAAAGUUGGUGACAUGUGUGUCUUUGUCUUGAUUAACAAGAUUGAGUUUUUAUUUGAAGCUGUCUUUUACCGCAAGACAGAAGCUUCAAGUUGCACCUCAUCACCAGGUAAAUCACGCCGGAGGAUCAAUUGAAGUCAGGUGAUUAAAAGAGAAGCCUCAUUCAUAGAUGAAGCUCUCAUGAUAUGCUUCUUCUCUGAAAGAAGGCAGUCGAUGCCUCCAAAUUUAAAGAAGUACAAACAUAAUUAAGCAGUACAAGUUGCCUAUGUAUAUCUUGUCCUCUGUUGUUGUUUUGAUCACAUUUCAACUGGGUCUUCUGAAUGAACAUUAUGUUAUGGAUUUCAUGGUUCUGAAAGAACAUUAUGUUAUGGAUUUCAUGGGGUGUAGUGACAUAGUA